GUGUAAUGUACGUAAUACCAUCGUGGGGAAGGUUUUUGCCGUCGUCGUCGACGGUCCAAAUCCACAGGUAGUAUGGUUGGAGGCUGCGAAGUGCGAAUUCUCGUUGCCGUGUUCACGUUUACGAGUAAAAGCAGCCGAGCCAAGCAGUUGUCUCGUGAAAAUGAACGUGAUCGUUUUUCCGACGAAUUUCAGCCGUACAAAGUGUUCCAUUUAUGUGUCGUGAAUCGUGAAUGACGUAGGCUAAUAUGACGGAGGUGAUUGGCGUUUCAAGGAGGGGGUUUUAAUUACAAGGUACCUACUCUGGUGCUGUGUGUCGUGAGCGGAUUUUUUAUAUAUGGGAUACAGAAAUGUUACCAACAGCAGCAGCAUUAAACAUGGCUACGGAUUCACGAACACAUUCGGCAUGUCGAAAAAGCUCGUAUUCGUGGUGAUUUUCAUCGCAGCCGAAUUAGGUUUGCUGAAUGCCAACACCAAUCAUAGCGACUCGAUAACGGAAAGCACCCUGUAUAAUUUUUCCGAAUUUAGCACGACGGCCGAAAUCAGACGAAAUAGAUUAUAUCGCGAAUGGCGUCGAGGCGAUCCCAGCGUUCAUAAGAGUAUGUGGAAUAGCAAAGCACCCUUAGGAAAAGCACAGCUGUACAUAAUUUUGGCACUGCUGAUAGGAUUCUGCACGGUUGUGAUCGGAUGCUGGUUAUCAGAUAAUUGUUGGUCUCCUGAACCCGAGCACGUGGUCAUGAUUGCAUAAAAAUGAUUACCUAAUUUUUAAUAAUUAUUUACCCACAUUUACCAUUUUUUUUUUGUAAAUAAUUAAAAACCCCUACCGAUUUACCUACCUAUUUAUGAAAAUGUUGAAUGCUACGUAGUUGAUGAUUUGUUAAGUAUUUUGUUGAUUAUUCAAUUAUUUAUAUACCUAUAAUAUUUUGUAGUUUAACUAUGCAGUGUAUAGCUUGUGUAUAAUACAAAUACAUAUACACCCCUGGAGA